AUGGCGGCAGCCGAGGAGCUCCAGGAGGAAGCGAUUUGCUCCAUUUGCCUGGAUUUUUUCUGCGCUCCGGUGAUGCUGGACUGCGGACACAACUUCUGCCGAGCCUGCAUCUCCCUGUGCUGGGCGCGGGCAGCCGCCCCCUCCUGCCCCCAGUGCCGGCAGCCCUUCCCCGGCAGCAGCGGCCUCCGGCCCAACCGCCCGCUGGGCAACAUCGCCGAGCGGCUGAGGCGGGCGGGGCACGCCCGCGCCGCCGACGGGGAGGGCACGCGGGCCUCCCUGCCCCUUUCUCGGCCGUUUCCUCACGAGCAAAUGCAGUCACAGCUGGAGAGCCUCCGGAGAGAGAAAGGAGAACUGGAGAAACGGGAAAGGAAGGAGCGAUGGAUCUGCCAGGACUAUCUGGAAAAAGUGAAGGCGGAGAGGCAGAAGAUUGCGCCUGAAUUUAAGCAGCUGAGACAGUACCUGGAGGAGCAAGAGUGCCUGCUGCUGGCUCGGCUGGGAGAGCUGGAGAAGCAGCUUAAAACAAGAUUGAAAGAAAAUGCUGCUAAAUUCUCCAAGAAGAUUAGUUAUCUGGAUGGCCUGAUCAAGGAGAAGGAGUGCCAGCUGUCAGGACAUGAGUCCCUGCAGGAUGCUGGUGAUGUUUUGAGCAGGUGCGAGAGGGGAAAUCUCCAGCAAAAGGAGCAGAUGAAGCACGAGCUGAAGAAGGAGCCCGGCGUCUGCUCAGAAGCAGCUCCCACGCCAGAGGAGGUAGCAAGAAACCCCCCAGAGGCCUUGACAACUGACACAGGGGAGGGAGUGGAGGAACCCCAGGGACCGUACACCAAGGUGGACGUGACUCUGGAUCCAGACACAGCUCAGUCCUGGCUCAUCUUGUCGGAAGAUCAGAGAAGUGUGAUGCAGGGAGCCACACAGCAGAGCCGGCUUGACAACCCGGAGCGAUUUGACCCGUGGCCUUGUGUUCUGGGCUGCGAGGGAUUCAACUCGGGGCGACCAUGCUGGGAGGUGGAGGUGGGCUAUGGGUCCUGCUGGGCGGUGGGAGUGGCCCUGGAGUCCGUGAAGAGAAAGGGACCAAUUGACAUCAGCCCCGUGGGGGGGAUCUGGGCGGUGGGGCAGUAUAAGGAGAAGUUCCAGGCUCUCACUUCCCCAUCUCCCACCCCUGUCCUCCCUAGCAUGGUCCCCCAGAGGGUGCGGGUCUGUCUGGACCAUGCAGGGGGGCAGGUGAUGUUUGUCAACGUGGACAGCGAGGCUGUGAUUUUCACUUUCCCGCGAGCCACGUUUGCGGGGGAGCGAAUCCACCCCUGGUUCUGGGUGGGUAAGGGGUCCCAGCUCAGACUGUGUCCUGAGACCUGA